CGUGAGCAUUCUAAAUCUCGCGAGUUUACCAAAACGGGAAACGAGCAAACGGUACUGGAUUAGAAGCCUUUAUAAAAUAAUGCAACAACAUUAAUGAGUAUUUGGAAGAAAUAGAGCAGAACCUGGAACAUGAUGCAUGGCGAACAAGCAUUUAGUAGGACAUAUAUAUUUGAAAGGAAAUUGCAUCCUCCUCGAUUUGGUUGAUGAAACGCACAUUUAUUUAAUCGCCAUUCAUUUUCUGCCGGUUGAAUUCACUCAACUCUUGACUUUUUCUUAUCCUGGCUUUGAUUAACAAAAGCCUCCCUAUCAAAUAGGUAGGUUGGCUACAGUCCGUUUUUAUUUCUCACCUCGUGUUGAUUUGUAAUUCAUGCCAGAAUAAGAGCUCAGCAGAAGUUUCAACUUUGAAACAGGUUACAGUUUGUCUGACUGAUUUGCAGUUGAAAAGUAAAUAAACAAAACUACGACAAAAUCUUACACAUUCUGUUUAGGGCCUACCUAUAUGCACAAUUGAACUAACGGAACUAAAGUCUGGCAUUAUGUUCGGUGCAUUGGAUCAGAGCCUACUGGUGGAAAGCUGUGCUGUGGUGUCCCAUGAGUUGUGAGAGACAUGGACAACAGACUGGGUCUGGGUGAUGAGGAGGAGGGAGAUGUGGGGACCCUGUGGCACUCUUUGGACUGGCUGACAUCCUGUGUGAUGGUGGUUGGAGGGGCUCUGCCCUACGCCUCACAGUACCAGCAGAUCCUUCGGACCAAGAACACAGACGGCUUCUCUACACGCGUCUGCCUGGUUCUGCUGGUCGCUAACAUCCUCCGCAUCCUCUUCUGGUUUGGGAAGCAGUUUGAGGUGACUCUGCUCCUGCAGAGUGUGGUGAUGAUUCUCACCAUGCUGGUGAUGCUCAACCUCUGCUGCUCUGUACAGAACACCAACCGUAUCAGCACCAAACAGCAACACAUCACAGAUCUGGAUCCCCGUUUCUUUUGGAGCUGGGACGGCUUUGAGGACUACCUCAUCUUCCUGUUGGCCUUCACGCUGCCCUGUGCCUUCACCACCCUUCUCCUCCUGGACUCCUCUCUGUUUGUGGAGUCCCUAGGCUUCCUGGCCGUGCUGACGGAGGCCAUGCUGGGGCUACCACAGCUGCUCCAGAACCAACGCAACCACUCCACCACCGGCAUGAGUGUGAACAUGGUCCUACUGUGGAUGGCCGGGGACAGCUUCAAGACGGCCUACUUUGCCCUGAAGGAGAGCCCGCUCCAGUUCCUGUUGUGUGGGCUGGCUCAGGUACUGGUGGAUCUGGCUAUCCUCUAUCAAGUGUGUCUCUACAGCCAAGACCCCUGGGACAAACUGGCUUAACUAACGCUAACCCUAGCUAACGCUAACCCUAGCUAACUCUAACCCUAGCUAACUCUAACCCUAGCUAACUCUAACCCUAGCUAACGCUAACCCUAGCUA